CUCUACAAAGAGCGAGUGAUUUAAAUUGAAAAUAAUUUAAAAGGCGUUUCAUUUGAGUUUUGGAUCAAUUGAUUGAUUGAUAUGUAAAUUGUGGUCACAUUUGUCGUCAUUAUUAUGGAUCAAAACAAUCGUUUGAAUACUUUUGUCGAUAAAAUGCAUACUUUAUGUCUUCAAAGUGACAGCACUUUCUUUAAUGACAUUUUAAGUCUUAACGGUUCCAACGAUUUUCAGUGCAUUAGUGAUCAAAGCGUGAAUUCAAGACAUGGAUCACAAUCUAGUGAUGAUAUCAGUGAUGGAAAUAAAGAUAUUAAGAGUCGAGAAGAAAUUAGAAGAGACUUUUGUAUAAAUGAAACUUCUUUAGGACUUAUUGGUGACCAACAAAUGACUGAAGAACUCAAUGUCAGCUCAAAUUUAUUAUCCGAUGAUUUACGCGAAUUAUCUACAAAUAUAACUCCGAGUCUUGACUUAAGACAAGAUUUAAGUAAAAGACAAGAUUUGUUUGGAAUAGAAAAUCACAAGAAUUUGUUUAACGACGAAAUUAUCACAAAUAAGACAAAAAUUAGUUUUAAUAAUACGUUGGGUUUGUCUCCAGUCAGAAGAGAGUUCAUUAGAGAAGAUAAUUCAAAGAGUUGUUCAGCGAAGUCAUUGAAUUUUUCGGACGAAAGUAAGGCAUUGUUUUCAGACAUUAAAGCGAAUGAUCCAAUUGAUGAUAACUUCGAUGGCUUUCAAGUCAAUAGUUUUAUAUCAAAUCCGUUAACAAACGCAUUGAAUACUGAACUCUGUGACCAAAGUUUUUAUUCAAUCAGUAAAUGUUCAGAUCUUGAGCUCAAAUGUAAUGAUAAGACAAAUAGUGGUAUGAAUAUCGCAUUGUUGUCACCAAAAGAUGAAGUUAAAGACAAAUCUAUUUCAGCAUAUUUUAUGCAACAUUCAGAACCUCUUUCAUCAAUUGAAACGUUUGGUCAGUCGUUUAAUAUGAAAAGGAUUACUCAAAACAAUUUGCAAAAAGAAAUGUCGAGUAUUAAUGAGUCGUUUGUUUCAAUUAAUGAUGAAAUGACUUCUUCAGAAACGACUAUAGAAAGUGUACAGAAAAUUAUUGACCGAAAGUCCAGAAAACGUAAAUCCAAUUCAAGCAUUGUUUCCAUUCCUGUUAUAAAUCAAUCAUUUGCUCCGAGCGUUAACUCAACAAUUAAUUUAUACGAUAAUACUUUGAAAAGCCCUCCAAUGCCUAACAAGACAUCUGGAUUGGGAACGUUAUCUACAGUAACGGCACAAACCUAUUCAAUACCACAUCCAGAUAACAGUCAAUCACUGGUACUUUCUAAUAAUAAUACACUAAGUCUUAAUCAAUUAUUGGUUAUAUCACCCAAUGUAUUGUCUUUAACUGUCGGAUGUUUUGUUGACUUUAAACUUAAUUAUUUAAAAGUGAAGAAUUUGUCGAUUACGUCAUUCAAAGCUGAAGUUAAAAUUAAUGCAAAUGUUGACACUUUGAAUGCUUUAGAUAUAAAAUUUCCUAAAAACAUGAUUAAUAUUCCGGCAUUCUUCGAGGGUCUUCUUAAUGAAGAUAUAGUAAUAACACCAUUAAAAUGUGGAUCAUUUAAAUUAAUCUUUCAGUUUUAUCCGUCAAUUGAUAACAUAAAUCUACCGAUAAAUCCAUUAUCAGUGAUAUGUCACAUAAGAUCAGAGGAAUUGGUUAUUAAGAGACCGUAUUUUUCGUCGCAUUGCCAAAAGCUUCACUACAAUCUCUUUGAAGAUACUCUAAUAAAACAGACAAUUGAUUUGUGUAUUUCCAAUAAGUCUAUAUCGGAUGUAAUAUCACUUAAACUUUUAUUACAUCCCAACAAAGAUUUUAUGUUUGAGCCCCUCUACCGAUACCCUCAAAGUACUAUUAUUACAUAUCGAUGUAUAGAUCCGUUUACAAUGCUUUUGGCCACUAAAUCUUUAUAUGAAAUACAUGUUCCCAUUAUUAUUGAGUCUAAUACUAUUAACACCAAAUCGUGUCUAACAGUGGCCACUAAUUCAUCUUCGAGUCAUGUUUUGGCUAUUUUUCAAUUGAGUGCUACUUUUUGGCCAAAGAAACCAAUGACUCAACAUAUACUUCAGUGCUCACAAACAAGUGUUUGUCUCACACGAAACCAAUGGAAAACAAUUGAUUUUCGUAACAAAUCAGACAAAUGUUUGAUUCGUUUAACAUUUGAAUGCAUUUAUAACAACAAUGUUAUUGAAGAUAUUGUUAAGUUCACGUCAUCUCAACUAAUGAUUGCACCGAAAGAAAAGGUGUCGAUUGGGUUAAUGGCAGAUAAUAUGGCUUUUGUUCAUAAAGAAAAUCAAUUAAAUAUUUUAGUCAAAUAUGACUCCGGUUUUCCAAAACCAUUAUCUGUUGUCAUUCCUAUACAAAUCAUUUAAAGUUUUUAAUACAUAAUUACCAAUAAGUUUUUAAAUCAUUUUAUUUUAUUUUUUAUAU